AUGACAGUUCAGUACUCCUUGGCAGCAGCCACGGCUACAGGUUUGACAUUUAUGCGCUUGUUACGGGCAUGGCGUGGAUCAGUGUGGAAAUUAGUGGCAGUUGAGCUACUGGUAUGGGAAGCUGGCUGCAUCUUGUUGACACUGGUUUACUAUAACUUCAUCAAGGGAGGUGCAUACGACAAAGACUAUUGCAGUGUUAUAGUACACACGGAAAAACUUCAUUACACAAGCUCCGUGCUGUUGAUUCUUGGUUUUUUCACAAAAACCUGCAUAGAUAGAUGGACCUCAAUCUAUCAGGUAUUGAUGCUAUGGCCUGAAAAUAUUGCCAUGAUGUUUAGCACAUUUUUCAAAGACGAUGCUCUACCACCAGCAACUUCCAAAGCUAUUCGUCACUCUAUUUACCGUUGGUUAUUAUUGGCGCAUAUUCUCGUGCUUCGAGACAUGUCGAUUGCCGUGAAAAAACAAUUUCCUACCUAUCAGCAUCUAGUCAAAGCCCAGCUGCUAACCGAACCAGAACUGUACCUUUUUGAACAUGCUAACAUUGAGCCUGAUUACUGUCGUUAUUGGAUUCCGCUCACAUGGAUAAGCGAAACCAUAAAGAAAUACUAUGUACCUUUGCACCUGAGAGGUAGAGGACGGAAGACAUGCAUGGACCAUGCACAUUUCGGCCUCUUCAUGGAAGAGAUGGUUCGGAUUCGUCAAAACCUUGGAGAUCUCCUCUGCUAUGACUGGAUACCAAUUCCGCUGGCAACAACUCAGACCAUCACUUUCUCAGUAUACGUGUGCAUAAUUCUCGACGGUGUGGUCCAACACUCUUCUUUAUGCGACGAGAGCAAGGAAUGGGAUGUUGUAUCAUUAAUCAUCAAUUUUGUUUUUCAUUUGUUGCUGAACACAUUCCGCUUGGGAUGGUUGAAAUGUGGCCAAGUCAUAUUGAAUCCAUUUGGCCUGGAUGACGAUGAUUAUGAGGCUAACUCUCUAAUAGAUAUGUAUCAACGAAACUUAGCUGGAAUCAUCACUAGACCCGACGAGAUCCCACCUGUUCGACCGCUUCCACAUCAUACGUUACCUCAUACGGUAGCUAGCGCUCUACUUACUGGAAUCAGUGACACAAAAUUAACGGGUUCAAUGGCCACAAAAGUGUACCCAAAAAGCCAUCAAGAGAUUCUGCGUUAACGAAGAACAUCUGGUUUUGCGAUGCAAUCAGAAGAAACAAGAAUAACAUACCUUACCAUCAAAUUUUAAUAAUGUGUUGUAACAAAAGGUUUGAGUAAAUU